AUGGCGAGCGUGGCUGCAUCAGGCAGCUGUCGUGCUCAGGAUGUGGCCAGGCGAGUGUUUGAGGCGGCGGUGGCUGCGGCUGACCCGCGGCAGUGCGUUGCUGAUGCGCUCACAGUUGCCGGCUCUGUGCUCUCGGUGGCUCGCCCACUGGGUGGGAGCGCAAAGGAGGGCGAGGCGACGGCGGUCUCGGUUGAUCUGGCCGAGACUGGUGGCGUGGUGCUGGUGGGCGCAGGCAAGGCGGCCGUGCCGAUGGCAGCGGCGGUGGUCGAGGCGCUCGGGCCUGCCCUUGACCACCUCGGCCUUCCGCUCUCGGGCCACGUGGUGACCAAGACCGGCCACUUUGUGGGUACCUCGUGGGAGGCUGUCUUUGCCGACUCGCCGGUUGCGGUAGUCGAGGCUUCUCAUCCGAUUCCGGAUGCCGGCUCGGUGGCGGCGGCCGAUGCUAUUGUGGCUGCGCUCAAGGCUGCGGCGUCGGCCUCGCCGCCGCCGCUGGUCAUCAACGUUCUCUCGGGCGGCGCAUCGUCACUGAUGGAGUCGCCGGCAGGCCCGCUCAGCCUCGACGACGUACAGGCGACGUACGAGGCGCUCAUUGGCUGCGGCGCUUCCAUCGAUGACAUCAACGCCGUCCGCAAGCAUCUGUCGGCGGUCAAGGGCGGGCGUCUGCUGGAGGCUGCGGCGCCGGCCGCCAUCGUCACGCUCGCUCUCUCGGACGUUGUCGGUGAUGCGCUCGACGUCAUCGGCUCGGGGCCGACCGAGGAGGACACUACAUCGUUUGAUGACGCCCGCGCCGUUAUCGCCCGUUACAACCUCGCCAACACCUUGCCGCCGCCGGUGGUCGCUUACCUCGCCGCCGGCUCGCCAGCCAACGACACGCCGUCGCGCGCAAGCCAUCCAUGCCUCUUUGCCGCCGCCACCAAUGUUGUUGUCGGCUCAAACGCGCUGGCGCUGGCUGCGGCUGAGCGCACCGCCCGCGAGCUCGGCUUUGGCGUCAUCGUCCUCUCGUCGCGGGUCGAGGGCGAGGCUGCCGGCGUUGCUCCUGUCUACGCCGCCCUUGCGCGGAGCAUCGUCGACUCCGCGGCGCCGAUCCCGGCGCCGGCGGUCGUCCUCGCCGGCGGUGAGACGACGGUGACGCUCGGAGCGGCGCCGGGCAAGGGCGGGCGGAACCAGGAGCUCGCGCUUGCCGCCGCCGUCGCCCUCGAUGCGCAGCGACCGAAGCUUGAUCCGGCCGCCGCCGCCCGGAUCGCCAUCCUCGCCGCCGGCACCGACGGCACCGACGGCCCGACCGACGCAGCUGGCGGCCUCGUCUCGUACGCUACCGUCGCCGCCGGCGACGCCGUCCUCGGGCAAGGCGCUGCCCUCGCCGCCCUCCGCACCCAUGACGCCUACCCAUUCCUCACCGCCGCAGACGCUCUUGUGGUCUCGGGCCCGACCGGAACCAACGUCAUGGACAUCACUGCGGUAGUCGUGGCCUGAGUGCGCACUUGGAGCAGCCUUGGGUGUGGCGGUAGGGAGGGGGAAGAGCGUUUUGCGGUCACGAUCGCGAUCACGAUCGCGCCAGGUUUCGCCAUUCUCAGGAAAAAGCCGCACGAUACAGAUA